ACGAAUCACACGAACACACCCAUAAUCACGAUCCCAUAAUAUAAUGAAAAUGAGGUUAUGUUUUUUAUUUACUCUUGUUUGUUUUGGUACCCGAAAAAGCCAAAAAAUGUGAGGAAAUUCUGAAAAAUGGGUAGAAAAUGUGCGGUUCCACAUUGCUAUACGGGUUAUAGAAAGUGCACAGAAAAAGCUGCCCUGUACAAAGUUCCUGAUGAUGAUUUUUUUCUAAGUAAAUGGCAAGAUGCCAUAGCUAGAGAAGACAGACCUAUUAAUCCAAAAGAUUAUGUUUGCGAAAAACAUUUUAAGGAUGACGAUAUACUUAGAAAACGGAUUAGGAAAGAUAUUGUGGAAAACUAUCAACGACCAAGACUCAAGCCAGAUGCCAUACCUUCCAUUUUCCCCGACUUACCUGAAUUCAUACUCAAAAUGACUAAAAAACGUAGAAAAGUAAACGUACCAGUGCCUGAUGACAUGACUGUCAAUAUUGACUUAGAAAAAAUUGAUGAACCCUUGGAAAUAAAAGAAGAAAAUGAAGAUGAUAGAAAGGAAAAUGAAAAUGGCGGUCCUAAAAUUGAUUUAGACGAAAUUGAAAUUAAAACAGAACUUGAAGAAGAUAACACGGCGUCUAUAGGAGAUAAAGAAGAAUACGAUCCAACUGGUGCUAAACUGCACCAUUGCGAUUCUUGCAGCUACAAAACGAAAUUUUCUCAUAAUUUACGUACUCACAAGGUCAAACAUCUGUCCGGAGAAGACGCCUAUAUGAUUUGCGAAUUUUGUAUAAACUAUAAAACGAAAUGGGAGAUAACUUAUGUUAACCAUAUGAAAUCCAAACACGGAAUAAUAUUAAAAGAAUAUUUCAAAUGUCCCUUUUGUACGUUUAAAACAAAAAAUAAAUUCUUUUUCACCAAACAUUGCGAAAACGAACAUGACAAUGAAGAAAUUAUAUUAAAAAUGUUGAAAUGUGAAUUUGAUGGGUGCGAUUAUAGAACUGAAUCUCAAGCUUUGUUGAAGAUACACAGUUUAACUCACGAUAAUUUCCAGGUGGAAAUGAGUUCUAAUAUAAGGACGUUUUCUUGCAAGGAAUGCGCUUUUAAAUCUAAUUGUAAAGGAACUUUAGACACCCAUCUCAAAAGUUGUCAUAAGGCUGAUGAUACUGGAGAAAUUGCAGGUAUUUCGAAAUCAACAAAACCCGAACUCUUUUGCAAGGAAUGUUAUUUCAAAACAAGCAGUAAAAAUGCUCUUACUAAACAUACUAACAGCGCCCAUAAUACCGGGGCAAUAGAAGAAAUUCCAAUUAUAUUGAAAAAAACUUUAGAAACAAAUCUCACACCUAGUACUUUGCAUACAAAAGCUGUAAUAAAACAAAAAGCAAUUUUGAAAUGUUCAAGAUGCCCGUAUAAGUCGCAUUCUGAAGAGAUGCUUGAAAAACAUUUAUCAAAGCAUCAAAUGUUGCUGCAAACAACUACGAUUCAACAAAUCAACAGGUUGCAGUGCACGAAAUGUAGUUUCGUUACUUUUUCUAAAUCAUCACUCGAAGACCACCAACAAAACAGUUUUCAUUGCGUCGAAUGUGAAUACGUCACUAGAAAUAAGUCUGAACAUAUAAUACAUACUCUUACUCAUAGAAAUGUAUCUGUUGAAGAAGUUAAAAAUGCAUCACACGAAGGUAGCUGUGGUAAUUCAAAUAAAAGGUAUAAUGAUAUUAGUGCUGCAACCGAUUUUUGUUUAGUUACCAUUAAAGAAGAGCGAGACGAUUUAUCUAUGGAAGAAUCGUAAUAUUUAUAUAAUUUUUAAAUAGUUAGAGUUUAUUUUGAGUUUUUAUUUAUUGUUAAUUUUUUUGAAUGUUUAUAGUGAAAAGCCAAAUAUUCGAGAGAUGUUUAAAGUAGUUUUAACAGUUUUUUAAUGUGUAAAAAUAUAAAAUAGUGCUGCCAUUCUGUAUAAAAAUAUAUUUUGACGAC